AUGCGUCGUGCGGCGUCCCGCGUGGGGCUCCGGCACGUGCAGCUGGCGGCGAAGACCGCUGCGCAGGAGCUGGAGCCCCAAACAUGGUCUGAGCCGCUCGCCGCGCUGCGCCGCGCAGUCUCCACUUCGCGCGCGCCCGCCAAGAAGCACCACCACGGCCACCACCACGGCGCGCACGGCAAGCCGCAGCAGCCCCAGGCCACGCCCACGGGCGCCGCCCCGGGCGGCGGGCACCCCCGGGAGCUCUUCGAGGGCGCGAUGCCGGGCAUCCCCGCGCCUCCGCAGGCGCCCCCGAAACACAAACGUCCGGAGUUCCUCAUGAUUGCUCUGGCGGGCGGAGCGAUGGCCCUGUGCGGCUACUACCUGGCGCGGCUGUGGCUGGGGUACGGGGACGAGAGCGGCAACCCGAUCCAGGAGGCGCAGCGCGAGUGGAACGCGGUGAUGCGUCAGUACGCGGAGGCGAAGGGCGUGGACGUGCCGGAGGGGUGGGGGGGCGACGGUGCGGACGCGGGCGGCGAGGACGAGGGCGGGAAGCCCGCGUCGGGCGGCGGCGACGAGGGCGACGGGGCGGGGGCGUCGGGCGGCGGCGACGAGGGCGCCGGGGGCGAUGACGGCGACGAGACACCCCCCCCUGACGAGUCCGACAUCAAGGCGAUGGGGGAGGUGAUGACUGAGGCGCUGCUCGGGCAGCAGGUCGUGGAGGAGGAGGCUGCGAGCGAGGACGACGGCGACGCGGAGCAGGAGGCGGCGCGGAACGUCGUGGUCGCGGCGACGGAAGCGGAGGAGACGGCGGCGGCGGCGGCGGAGGCGGGGGGCGGCGCGGGCGCAGCGGCGGAGGCGAGCGAGCCGGAGAUGGUCGAGGUGCCGACGCCGCAGGGGCCCGCGGUGCCGGAGGUGGCGCGGGCGGAGGCUGGGCGCGUCGCGGAGGCGCUGCGGGCCGCCGCGGAGGUGCCGGUCGUGGAGCUGGUCGAGAGGGCCAAGGCGGCCGGGCACGGCGCCGGAGAGGACUGGGGGGAGUUCCGUGCGAUGCACCGGCAGGCUGCGUCUGACCGCGACGCCUUCGUGGAGGCCAUCAAGGACCAGAAGCAGAGGUACCGCGACGCCGUCGCGGAGCUCAAGGCCUACUACCAGCGCGUCGUCGCGGCCGUGGCCGCGGCCGACGGCGCGAGGAUCCGCGCCGAGGCCGAGGAGGCUGCCAACGCCGAGCGCACGGCGCUGUCGGAGGGCGUCGACGCGGUGCGCGGGCAGGUGAACGCGCUGCGAGAAGCCUUCAUGCGGCGGUCCGAGGCCGGGCGGCUCUCGCACGCCGCGCACCGCGUGUCGUCUGCCGUCCUGCAGCUCGACGGCGCGCUGGCCGCGGGCCUCCCGGCGGGCGGCCCCCUGAUGCUGCUCGAGGCGUUGGGGGCCGAGGGCGGCGAGGACGGCGAGAUGCUGGCGGCGGCCGCGGCGGCGCUGCGGGAGGUUCCUGGGCUGGACGCGCUGGGUGUGCCGACGCGCGUGCAGCUGUCGCGGGCGCUGCGGGAGGCGCGGGGCGACCUGGUGGCGGGCGCGACGCUGCCUGCGGAGGGCGCGGGGCCGGUGGCACGCGCCGUGGCGCGCGUGGCGUCGUGGCUGAAGGUCGAGGAGUCCGGGGAGGGGGACGAGGGGGAGGGCGGCGGGGUGGAGGGGAGGGUGGCGUUGUGUCAACGGCUGGUGGCGCACGGCGACAUGGCUCGGGCCGCGGAGGUGCUGGAGGCAGCGACGGCGGGGACGGCCGCGGCGGUGGAGGCUGAGGGCCUGCUGCGAGCCAUGCGGGGCCGCGCGGCCGCCGAGGCCGUGGCGCAAGCGUUGCGGGCGCACGCUGGGGCGCAGUCCGCGAGCCUGGUGUGA